AGAUGGGAUCCAUAUUGACAUGAAUCAUCUCAAGGAAGGAGAGGUCAAGUAAAGGAUACCGCCCUCCGUUUCCCUCGAUUGUCCUGGUCGUAGGCUAGCUAACAAACCCUUCUUCUCGUAAAAUAAUAGUCUUGGUACCUCAAUGUGAGCUCUUGUCCUACCUAUAUACCGGCAGUCGUAUGUUUUGAAACACUAAUCGCAGUUCGAGCAAAGCAUGGCAAUCAACUUCAAGGACGGCGUUAUUCUCGGGGCUGAUAGUCGGACGACUACUGGAGCUUAUAUCGCGAAUCGCGUCACGGAUAAGUUAACACAGGUGCACGAUACCAUCUGGUGCUGUCGGUCAGGAUCUGCUGCGGAUACACAAGCUGUUGCCGAUAUUGUUAGUUACCACUUAGGAAUGUACGGUGUCGUCAACCAAGAACCCCCAACAACCCAAACCGCUGCUGCGUUGUUCCAGGAGCUUUGUUAUGACAAUAAAGACAUGCUCAGUGCGGGAAUCAUUAUCGCUGGCUACGACCCGCGACAUGGAGGACAGGUAUACUCGAUACCGCUGGGUGGCUCUCUGCACAAGCAAUCAUAUGCCAUUGGUGGUUCCGGCUCAACGUAUAUCUACGGCUACUGUGAUGCGAAGUGGCGGGAGGGAAUGACUGAGGAGGAGGGGAUCGAGUUUGUGAAGACCUCACUGCAAGAAGCAAUAAAAUGGGAUGGCAGUUCUGGCGGUGUGAUCCGUAUGGUGGUGUUGACAGCGAAGGGCGCAGUACGACACUUAUACCUUCCGGAUAACGGAUAUACAGGCCCGGGGUCGAAAUGA